UACAUUUCAAGCUGUGUUAACAGUGGGUUAACUCUCCUCUGCUCUUUGAAGGGUGAGGGGUAGAGGGUGCAGGGAGGCAAGAGAUGCCUUGAACCCCAGUCCCUUCCUUGUCUGGGAUAUAAUAAAAUUCACCUUGACAAGCCAGGCUUGAUACUGACUCCAUCUGCCACCUCCUCGAGGACACCAAUGCAAAGCUGUGCGCAUCACAGGAGGCCGUGUGGGCCGGGAUGAACGGAGUGCAGGGGUCCCUCCUUAGCCAGGUCUAUAAGAGGCACAUCCAGGAUCACGGAAGCCCUGGUCUGUUCUGGGAGCAGGAGCUGGAGAGCUUGCACCAUGUCAUUGAGCUGAAGAAUGAGCGGAUUCAUGAGCUGGAGAGGGAGCUGCUCCUUGUGGACAUGCUGGUGGGAGCAGGGGCUGCUUUCUGGGCAUUUCCACCAUCAAGGAAAGAAAAAAAUCUGAUGUUAGCGUUGAAAAAUACCACCCUGCGACAGGAGAUCGAGGACCUCCACUUUCGAGCCGGGAACCGGGCAACCAUGUCAAGGCAGUUCUGGAAAGAUGUGCUUCAGGUCCCUGAAAAGGGGUCACAGGAUGGCCCACUCUGCAGCAGACGGAGGAGCCACUUGGGAGGAGCCAAUUGGGUCCUUGGGGCCAGCAACCUCCACCUCCACUGCCCCCUGCUACACCACAGAGGUCUCCUCCUCACCUCGCCUUACAGAGAUGGGACCUGGGCCCACCAUGAUGCUUGGACUCAGCUCCCACCAAAGACUCUGGAGAAGACAGUGAGAGCCACUCUAUUGUUUUCUCAGCAAGGACAGGGUGGGGACAAGAUGUGGGUGUAAGCGUGUAGCCAGCAACCUCCGGAGUGUGGCCAUCAGGAUCACCCCAAGAAGUGCCCUUCCUUUGCCGGCCCAGGAGCAAGCGAGUGGAUGGAGUUUGUUCUCCCUCCCCUUCUCGCUCUUUCUAGGUUGUUCCAAGCCUGUCCGAAGGUACCCGAAGCCAUUUGGGGCCAUCUGACAGAGGAGCCAACCCCAGUCCGCAGGUCAUCAACUUGGCUGACAAGUCACCAACCUAUCAACUUAUUACUGCACCAAUACUUCUCACUCUGAGAAAAACGGUAAAACAUACAAGCUAAGGAAAAUAAAUACAAUAUUGUUUUAUUACCUGGAGGGGCGGGGUCUCCCCAGGUAGCCUGACCUUGAACUCAUGCCUCAGCCUCCUGAGUGCUGGGAUCAUGAGCAUGUGCUAACAUACCCAACUCGAUAAAGGACUAAAUUUGCCCCAGA